UCGUGUGACAAAAUCAUAAUAGAACCCAAGACCUCACCUCAAGCAAUAACAUCAAAAGCAAACCAUUCAAAAGUCGUCGCCAUUACCUUUCUCUCUGAGUUUCAUAUAGUCGUCGACUUCAACGCCGUUGGGUCCCUCCGGGGACCGGUAAACGAAAAGGUCUUCAACGCCGUUCCCUGAACCAGUUGAAGACCUUUUUAUUCUACAUUUUCCAAUCAUUUAAUUAACCUUUGAUUUCAAUCUAAUUCUCAAAGCGUUGUGUGUGUAUAUAUAAUAUUCGAGUGAUAAUGGGUUGUCGCAGCAGCAAGGCAGCUGAUGCUAGCACAAUUUCGCGAUGGCGUUCCACUGGCAUCGUUGCUUUACGCGACUCUAAAUUGAAGACAUUUCCUGAUGAAGUUUUUGACCUGGAAAGAUCUGUACGUACCCUCGACUUAACGCACAAUAAACUGGUUGAAAUUCCCGUGGAGAUCAACAAACUAACUAACUUACAACGUCUUAUUUUAGCUGAUAACGUUAUUGAGCGCCUUCCCAUGAAUUUGGGAUUGCUUCAGUCUUUGAAAGUGGCAACACUUGAUGGGAAUCAGAUCACAAACUUGCCUGAUGAAUUGGGGCAGCUGGUGAAACUUGAGCGUCUGUCUGUUUCAGCAAACUUGUUGACAAGCUUGCCUGACACAAUCGGGAGCUUGCGUAGUUUGGUUUUGUUAAAUGUUUCAAACAACAAGUUAAAGUUUCUUCCGGAAUCAAUUGGAAGUUGCUUUUCUUUGGAAGAACUGCAAGCAAAUGAUAACUCUAUUGAAGAGCUUCCUGGUUCAACUUGCAAUCUCAUUCAACUAAAAUCACUCUGUUUGAAUAAUAAUAAUCUCAAUCAGAUGCCUUUAAACUUAUUAAAAGAAUGCAAGGGUCUGCAGAGCAUAGCUCUACAUGGCAAUCCCAUUUCCAUGGACCAAUUUCAACAAAUGGAAGGAUUUCAAGAAUUUGAAACCAGGCGUAAAAAGAAGUUCGACAAACAAAUUGAUUCAAAUGUGAUAAUUAGUUCUAAAGGGCUUGACGAGGGUGUUGAUUUAUGAUACCAAUGUUACCGUAUUUUUUUGGGUGGAAAUGUGAGGCGUUGUAAUUGUUUGACUUCGAUAAAUGGCUAUUACUGCUGACUGCUAAGAAUAUGCUCAGGCCAUUCAACAGUUCUUCGUAGAUUAUUAACGUUGACAAUCCGGGCAAAUGUAUCUACACUGAGUUAUGAGUUAUAGUAAUUGUACAACAACAACAACAACAACAACCCAGUAUAAUCCCACUUAGUGGGGUCUGGGGAGGGUAGUGUGUACGCAGACCUUACCCCUACCCUGAGGUAGAGAGGCUGUUUCCAAAUAGACCCCCGGCAUCCUUCCCUCCAAGAACUUCCCACCUUGCUUUUGGGGAGACUCGAACUCACAACCUCUCUAAGUUAUAGUAAUUGUAAAUGUUCUGUAUUUCAAGUUUUCCAAUCACUUGUUUCUUUUUGUAAAAUCUAUGUAUAUAUUUACUUAGAUUAAACCUGGUUAUAGGUGCAACAUUUUGGAACAUAAAUAUAUCAGUUUUUAUAACA